ACAAGUUAGUAUGAAACUUGAAGAAACGAUGGCUCAAUUUAAUUACAUUGUGACUAUCAUCAGUAUUGUACUGUUGUGUGUUUCGGCGGAAGAACUCUACUCCGAUCGAUACGACCACAUUGAUGUUAAGGAUAUCCUCCAAAAUGAUAAAUUGCGAGAUCAAUACUACAAUUGCUUUAUGGAAACAGCGCCAUGCAUAACAGCAGAUGCGAAGUUCUUUAAAGAGGUUGCCAGCGAAGCUCUCCAAACUAAAUGUAAGAAAUGUACCGAAAAACAAAAGGAAAUAUUGAACUUAAUAGUGGAUUGGUACACAAAAAAUAGACCUGAACAAUGGGAAGCUUUCGUCGCAAAGACUAUUGAAAACCUAAAAAAGAAGAAUCAGGGUACAUAAUUGUUAACAACUGCUGAAAUAACGAGGAGAGUAUAGAAAAAAAAUCGAAAAUGAAUUAAUCUUAUUAUAUAUUAAUAAAAUGACUAAAGCUUUAAUAUGCGGAAACAUCUCUUUAGAAAACAAAGAAAUUUCUAGAUGCUGUAAUUAUUACAAUUAAUGUUUAUAUUGUAGUUUAUAUUGUAGUAUGAUGUUAUAAAUAUUAAUAAUAAAAUAGAAGUGUAAUUGAUUUCAUUUUUGUUAUUUGAAAAUAGUAACCGUUUCUUUUAUCAAUACAAA